AUGAACGACCUAUACAGAAAUUUAGUCUAACUGAACAUAUAACUUUAUAAAAUUGCACAACACUUUGACAGAUAGGACACGAACAUUGAUCAACAAACAUGACAGGAAAGGCCCUUGCCUUUCUUCUUGGUGUCUUAACUUCAAUUCAGCCGGAUUGCAAUGCACUGGAAUGUUUCAACUGCAAGUCUAUUGGAGAUGUUCAUGAUUGUAAUAUCACAUCUGUCUGUAGCUCUGGGGAGUCCUGUUCAACAGUAUCAGCUCAACCGACAGCCAAAGGAACUGCAAGGUUCAAUAUGGGUUGUAUACAAAAUCAGCUUUGUGGAAGCACAAAUACUGCUGGUAUAGCCGUAGGUAAAAGGCAAAAAAACAUUGUGACGAAUGCUGCUCUUCAGACCAUUGCAACAGUGCUCUCUGUUCCCAUCUACAACCGUCUGCAUGUGUUGAUGACGAGACCGAAGACUGUGCAAAGCUUCAUUCCCUUUUUCAAAUAUGUAAAGAUAUACAACAUGCAAAGCUUGUUUGUCCUAGAUUUUGCGGCCUUUGUAAUGUUGUCGACGGCAAUUGGGCAAAUUGGUCAAAUUGGUCUGUGUGUGAUGUCACGUGUGGAAAUGGAACACAAAUUAGAACUAGAACCUGCACACAUCCUGCACCUGAGCAUGGAGGGACAAAUUGUACUGGUCCAUAUUUACAAAAUCAACAAUGCGUAAGAGAAGUUUGUCCAG